AAACAACGAUGGAGUCAUCAUCAUCCAAUAAUAUUAUGGUUUACAGCAUUCUGGCGAGUAUUAUUCCGGCGGCCGGUUUCCUGGUAUGGAGAUUGUUGGAUUGGGUGUGGUUUAAGCCCAAGAGGCUGGAGAGGUGCCUUACGAAGCAAGGGCUGAAGGGUAACCCCUACAGGGUCCUCCAUGGGGACAUGAAAGAAAGCUACAGAAUAAUAAGUAACGCUGCCAACUCUGAGCCCAUGAGUCCCUCCGACGAUAACACCGCCGCCAGAGUCCUUCCAGAUUUCAUUCAAACCAUCAACAAAUACGGUAAAAAUUGCUAUUUGUGGAUGGGUCCAACUCCUAUGGUGCUCAUCAUGCACCCUGACUUGAUUAAAGAGGUAUUAAAUAAAAAUUAUAUCUAUCAUAGGCCUAACAUCAGCCCAGUACUAAGGAAUCUGGUCAGUGGAAUAUUCCUCUGCGAGAACGAUAAGUGGAAAAUGCAUAGAAGGUUACUCAAUCCCGCUUUCUUUUCCGAGAAGCUAAAGCUAAUGGAACCAGCAUUCAUGAUAAGUUGUUAUGAAAUGGUGAGCAAAUGGGAAGGGAGAGCCUCGCGAGAAGACUAUUGUGAGGUGGACGUGUGGCCGGACCUUCAAACCAUGGCAAGCGAUGUCAUAUCUCGAGCCGCAUUCGGGAGCAGCUACGAAGAUGGAAGGAAGAUAUUUGAGCUCCAAACAGAACAAGCAAUGCACGUCACGGACACUUUGCGCCAAGUUUAUGUACCCGGAUGGAGAUUUGUGCCAACAAAGAGGAAUAGGAGAAUGCAUGACAUUAAGAAUGAAGUGAAAGCAUAUGUUCGUACCAUUAUAGAGAAAAGGCUGAAGGCCAUGUCGGUAGGAGAGGCAAAAAAUGACGAUCUACUAGGCAUAUUACUUCAAUCUAACUUGCAAGAGAUCAAGAAACAUGGGAACAAAAAGGUUGGGAUGAGCAUUGAAGAAGUCAUUGAGGAGUGUAAGGUUUUCUAUUUUGCAGGGCAAGAAACUGUCGCUGUGUUACUCCUCUGGACUAUGAUUUUACUUAGCAAAUUUCAUUAUUGGCAAGCUCAAGCUAGAGAAGAGGUGCUGCAAGUUUUUGGUCGGGAUAAGAAGCCGCAUUUUGAAGGAUUAAAUGAUCUCAAAAUUGUAAGUAGUUAUUACUUAUUAAUUACUAGCUAAUACACCAUAUUUCAAGUUUUAUUGUAGUGUUGACAGUAGCUAGUGCUCUUUGUUUCAGGUGACCAUGGUUUUAUACGAGUCUUUGAGACUAUACCCGCCAGUACCUAACUUGACUAGACAAACGGUUGAGGAGAUAAAACUUGGACAUAUGACUUUGCCUCCAGGGGUGAUGUUGUCAUUACCCAUACUUUUGGUACAUCUUGAUACAGAGGUAUGGGGUGCAGAAGCUACGAAGUUCAAACCAGAUAGGUUCAGCGAUGGUAUAAUGAAGGCAACAAAUGGAAAACACGCUUUCUUCCCAUUUGGUGGAGGGCCUCGUGUAUGCAUUGGCCAAAACUUUGCUUUGUUAGAAGUUAAAAUGGCAAUGGCAAUGAUUCUACAACGCUUUUCCUUUGAAUUGUCUCCUUCUUAUGCUCAUGCUCCAUUUACUAGCGUGACCACUCAGCCAAAGUAUGGUGCUCCCCUUAUUAUACAUAAGCUUUAAUGGAGCUACAAUCUCGUUUGUUGGGGUUGAUUGCUUAAGACGUAUUUACACAUGUUUAGGUUUGUAUACUAUGACUAAUAAGUAUGUUCGAUGAGAGACUCGUCUUUUCUGUAUCUUUGCUGUUCAUCACCCACUGUGUUCAUAAAUAAAAGCUUUACUUCCUUGUGCCAAAU